AUGGGUAGGAAAAAAUCACAUCCAAGUAAGUGUAAACAAAAUACUCAGCCGAAAAAAUUGUCGUCUACAAAAAAGAAUGAAAUUUUAAUUCAGUGUGAUAAAUUAUUACGAUUAUGCAGCGAUCCAGAAUAUUCAACACAGUUAUGGGAAAAUUACUUGGAGAUCACGGCGGUGCUGGAAAAGGUUAAACGACUAGAGGACAUGAAGAUCAGCGGGACAUCCAAGCGUUCAGUAGCAAUUGAACAAUUCCUAAAAUGGUUGCAAGAAAACGGAGCGAAUUACGAGGGGACGAGCAUCGCCGAGUUCCCGGGAUACGAGCUGGGAUUGAAAGCUGGAAAGAACUUUAGCGUAAAUGAUUUGCUGCUGCAAAUACCUGGAAAAAUAAUCUUCAGCUGCGAGACAGCAGCACCUGAGCUCGCGGCUCUGCAAAAUGAUCCACUGAUCCAGCACAUGCCUCAAGUGGCUCUGGCCAUCGCUCUGCUUAUUGAGAGACACAAGGACAACUCCAAAUGGAAACCUUACUUGAACAUUUUGCCUAGUAAUUAUUGUACUGUCUUGUAUAUGACCACCAAUGAUAUGAUCGAGUUGAAAGGCAGUCCUACUUUAGAAGCUGCAUUGAAACAUUGUCGAAACAUUGCGCGACAAUACUCCUACUUCAACCAACUCUUCAACAACAACAGCAACCCAGUCUCCGAGCUCCUCCGAGAAAUUUUUACCUACGAAGAAUAUUGCUGGGCAGUAUCAACAGUAAUGACAAGACAAAAUAUAAUUCCAAGUAAAAAUGGUACCCAGAUGAUCCACGCGCUCAUACCAAUGUGGGACAUGUGCAAUCACGAGGAAGGACCUAUUACAACAGACUUCAACGUAAACUCAGACACCUGCGAUUGUUACGCGAAGCGAGAUUUCAAAACAGGAGACCAAAUAUUCAUAAACUACGGCUCAAGGACAAACUCGGACUUUUUUGUACACUCAGGAUUCGUUACCGAGAACAACAAAGACGACGGAUUUAAAUUGAGGCUGGGAAUCAGCAAAUCAGACCCCCUUUGCCGCGAGAAGACACUUUUGCUGGAAAAACUUGGGUUCUCCAGCACUACUAUGACAUUCUUGCUCCAGGACUCCAGCGAGCCGAUCUCCGAGCAGAUGCGAGCGUUCCUGAGGAUUUUCAGCAUGAGAAAAUCUGACUUAGAUCAUUGGAUUGAGUCGGAUAAGAUCUUGGAUCUCAAACAUCGCGACUGCUCGUUGGACACUGUUGUUGAAGACAAUGAAGAUUUAAAUUUAUUAAGUACAACAAUGUCGCCGACGAAGAAGAUGAUUCUCCAGCUAAGGAUCUCCGAGAAAAAAAUCCUCAAGCGGACCCUGGAAUUCAUCGACCAAUAA